AUGCGACAUACAAUCGAGGAGAAAAGAAAGAUGCGCAAUCAGAGAAAGAAGAGAAAGCAACAUCAGAAAUCGCAGUUGAAGCGCGCGGCUCUUAUACAAGAUGCAUUUCGUGAUGUCAAAGCAAAAUCUGACCAGCAAAGAAGCAUUGCUUCUACAUAUUACAAACUUUGGAAAAGAAGUGUUGACGUCAACAAAAAAUUACAAACCAAGUUGGACAACAGGGCAAGCAAUAACAAGGUAUAUUCAAUUUUUAGUACAAAUACAUUUCAUCAACCCUUUUAAGUUUUAUUAAUGCACCUAUUGAGGCCUAUUGAUGUUAAUCCCAAGGGUGGGAGGGUCGGGCAUUUGAUUUUUCAUGCAAUCAAAUUCCCUACCAUGGGAAACAUGGGAACAAAUAUGUGAUCAAAUGCCCCACUGUUGCAGGGCACACAUAUCUGUGGUGAAAGGCAUGAAAGUCAUUUGUCCCAGUCCUCAACAUGUGCUCUUCCUUUAUAGGAUGCAAGAUGGCUCUCAAUUCAAAUAUCCCCAUCCUCGGGAGAUGGUGUCGAUCAAAUUCCAGAGGGUGGGGAAACAAAAAUCGAUCAAAUACCCCACAUAUGCCAGACCCCCCCCUGGGGUUUACCAUUUAAAGGUGCAUAAAUAUAACUGCAGUAUAUGAAUACCAUAAACCUCUGAUUAUAAGCCCCCUCCCCUGACUAUAACAAUAAUGGGCUUAUAAACGGGGGCGUCUAUAAGCCCAUCACAUUACUGAAUACCGACGUUCACACCAUUCCAAAUAUAAGCUCCCCCCACACUUGUUUAUCACUACCACUAUACAUGUUUAUCACUAAAUUCACUAUUACACUAUGAACACAAAAUGUUGUUCAUGUAUAAGCCCCCAUGUAAGCCCAGGGCUUAUAUUCGGAGGUUUACGGCAUGUCCAUAUGCCAUUACCUAUAUAUUUGUACAGCCAAUUCAAAAAAGGUUGUACUUUGCAAACCCUAAACUGUAAACCUUAAUAAACUCUAACGUCUCUAAGCAUGCAAAGCUUAAUGGGAGCAUAUGUAUUUAUUACCUUUGCCGGAACCCUCAUUCUCAUGAUUCAAAAUGAAAGGCAAUUUGCUUACGAUUUUUGAGAAUGAGACUUCCUGCCAAGAAGAGAAUUGUGAUGUAAACUAUAUCAAAGGGUUUGUUGCUCACACACUAUUAUAAGAAGCCAAGGAACUAAAAUAGCAACAUAAAGCUAUAAAAAAUAACACCACCCAGCCAAGUUCAAUACCCCUUGAUUCCCAAAACCUGGUAUGGCUAUACAAAUCACUAAUAAAUAGUUAUUAAAUUUCAAAUUGAAGGUAACUCAGUUGAACAUGUCCAGCUCAAGUACUUGUACAGUACCAGUAGGUAUUACAACUAUUCAACAUGAAGAAUUGGAGGAAAUUAGCAAUGAAUCAAUAGGGAAUGGAGUUUUUGGCAAUUGCUUCCUUAAAAAAUUCAUUAGAUUAGGAAUAACAGUUGUUGAAAAGCAGUUGAUUGACAGCACUGCUGAUAUGCUAUAUAAAGAAGCAAUAUUUAUGCAAAAAUUGUCACACAGAUGUAUCCCAUUGUUAUUUGGGGUGCAGCUAGACAAAAAGCCAAUCUCCCUGAUAAUGCAAUUUAUUGGGGAGAACAAUCAGUCUAUAACAGUUUUCAAGUUGCUAUUUGACCCACUGUACCAACAUCAAGCUUCAGAAAUGUCAACCAAAACAUGGCUCUGCAUAUGUUAUGACAUCACUGAUGCACUUGACCACAUGCACCAAAGAGGAUAUCUCCACUGUGACUUGAAAUCCAAUAAUGUGUUGGUUGCACAAAAUAAGGGAUAUCUAAUUGACUUCGGGAAAGUUUGUGAAAUCUCUCGACCAAAGGCAAAGAAAUACAAGGAAGUGUACACACACAUUGCACCAGAAGUCUUGAAGGGAUAUCCUGUUACAACUGCCAGCGAUAUGUAUUCACUUGGUAGAGUUCUUAAGGCAAUUGGCAAGAAAAUCAGCAGCACAAUCCUAUUACAGUUAGCAAAUGCAGCUACUGAUCUUAACCCCACAAAAAGGCCCACUCUUUUGAAAAUAUUGACCAUGUUGAAUGCCGAGAAUAUCCACAGCUGA